AUGUUCGACCUUCCCUACCACUGCAAGGCUAUCCUUGCCGCCAAGUCGGAGACUGGCAAGACAUUCGACGACAUUGCUAAAAGUAUCGGCAAGCCUGAAGUCUGGACAACCGCCCUGUUUUACGGCCAGGCUACUACCAACGAGGAGACGGCCAACGCCAUCCUCAAUGUUCUAGGUGGACAGGGACUGUUUGACCAGCUGUCCGAUCAUAGAACAGCCAUUGGGGACGAGCAGAUCAUAUAUGAAAAGGUUCUGAAAGGCCUUUCCGGAAAGGGCGAAGAAAACUAUGGAGUACCGGGGCUCAUCCUGCGAGGUGCUACAAUCGACCUCCCUCCCAAGGACCCUGUGCUCUACAGGCUGUAUGAGGCUUUGAUUGUCUACGGUUUCUCGUACAAGGCCUUGAUCCAAGAGAAGUUCGGCGACGGCAUCAUGUCUGCUAUCGACUUCCGUACCUCGUUGGAGCGCAAAAAGGAUCCCAAGGGCGACCGCGUUGUCAUUACAUUGGACGGAAAGUUCCUUCCAUACUCGGACCCCUCUGCUUGGGAGGGCGCUCACUAG